AUGAUUGUGGGUCUGAGUCAAAACGGACUUCCAAUCGAAGCAUUAGAUAUAUUCGGCAAGAUGAAUAAGACGAACAUGAGUAUGGACAAAUUCAGCCUUGCCAGUGUGAUCAGUGCAUGUGCCUACAUUGCAUUACUUGAACUCGGUGAACAAGUCUUUGCCAGAGCUACCGUAAUUGGCCUUGACUUUGAUCGGAUUAUUGCUACCUCUCUUAUUGACUUUUACUACGAGUGUGAUUAUGUCGGAAGUGGCAGAAAACUAUUCAACCAAGUGGUAAAAUUUGACGAGAUGCCUUUCAAAGCAGAUACAAGCAUGUGGUCAUCAAUUCUGAGAGGGUGUCUAGGUCAUGGAGAUAAACCUCUUGCUGAGAAAGUGGCCCGGCAGAUUAUGAAACUUGAUUCUAAGAACUCGAGUGCUUUUGUACAGUUUUCGAGCAUAUUGGCCUUGGCUCUGGUGAGGAAGUUGAUGGUAGACGAGAAGAUCCAAAAGAAUCUUGCUGAAGUUGGUGUGAUCUAG